UGCCGAGGGCAUGUUUGUAAACACGGAGAAAUUGCUCUGUUAUAUAAACACAAUGAAACCCUAUUCGCUUCUCACACCUCUGCAUCUGUGCCUCUCUCACCCUCACUAUCACUGCCUCCCUCUCUCUCGUCGCUAGGGUUUUAGCACAGCGAUCUCUAUCCAGCUUUUAUAAUGGGAAAAGAAAAGAUUCACAUUAACAUUGUGGUCAUUGGCCAUGUCGACUCUGGGAAGUCUACCACCACUGGCCAUUUGAUCUACAAGCUUGGAGGUAUUGACAAGCGUGUGAUUGAGAGGUUCGAGAAGGAGGCAGCUGAGAUGAACAAGAGAUCAUUCAAGUAUGCCUGGGUGCUUGACAAGCUCAAGGCUGAGCGUGAGCGUGGUAUUACCAUUGAUAUUGCCCUCUGGAAGUUUGAAACUAACAAGUACUACUGCACUGUCAUUGAUGCUCCCGGACAUCGUGACUUCAUUAAGAACAUGAUUACUGGAACUUCCCAGGCUGACUGUGCUGUCCUCAUUAUUGACUCCACCACUGGAGGUUUUGAAGCUGGUAUUUCCAAGGACGGUCAGACUCGUGAGCAUGCUCUCCUAGCUUUCACCCUUGGUGUUAAGCAAAUGAUUUGCUGCUGCAACAAGAUGGAUGCUACCACUCCAAAGUACUCGAAGGCAAGGUACGAUGAAAUUAUUAAGGAAGUCUCAUCCUAUCUGAAGAAGGUUGGCUACAACCCAGACAAGAUCCCCUUUGUUCCCAUCUCUGGGUUUGAGGGUGACAACAUGAUUGAGAGGUCUACCAACCUUGACUGGUACAAGGGUCCUACCCUUCUUGAGGCCCUUGACUUGAUCAAUGAGCCCAAGAGGCCCACAGACAAGCCCCUCCGCCUCCCACUUCAGGAUGUCUACAAGAUUGGUGGCAUUGGUACUGUCCCUGUCGGACGUGUUGAAACUGGUAUCAUCAAGCCUGGUAUGGUUGUCACCUUUGGCCCUUCUGGACUGACAACUGAAGUUAAGUCUGUGGAGAUGCACCACGAAGCUCUUCCGGAGGCUCUUCCAGGAGACAAUGUUGGCUUCAACGUGAAGAACGUCGCAGUCAAGGAUCUGAAGCGUGGUUUCGUUGCCUCGAAUUCUAAGGAGGAUCCAGCCAGGGAGGCAGCCAACUUCACUUCCCAAGUAAUCAUCAUGAACCACCCCGGCCAGAUUGGAAACGGCUAUGCCCCUGUGCUGGAUUGCCACACCUCCCACAUUGCCGUCAAGUUCAAUGAGAUUCUAACCAAGAUUGACAGACGAUCCGGCAAGGAGCUCGAGAAGGAGCCCAAGUUUUUGAAGAAUGGUGAUGCUGGAUUUGUUAAGAUGAUUCCUACCAAGCCAAUGGUGGUGGAGACCUUCUCCGAGUAUCCCCCACUUGGUCGUUUCGCUGUCAGGGACAUGCGACAGACUGUUGCUGUGGGAGUGAUCAAGAGUGUGGAGAAGAAGGAUCCAAGUGGAGCCAAGGUGACCAAAUCUGCAGCAAAGAAGAAGUGAAUUGUGCGCUUUGAGAAGGGUUACAAUAAAGCAUGGGUUGUUGCUAUUAGUUUUUCUGGUAGGUGCUUAGGGGUCGUCUGUCUUGUUGGUUAUAAUUUCAAGUCUCCUCCGUCGUCUCUUGGCUGCUGUUCGCAGAACUGGGUGCUCGAUCGGCGGUGGCGGGGUUAUAAUCUGGUGUCGUUUGGCUGUUUUGUUUUGUGGUUUUAAUUCGUGUCAGUUGUGGUGUGUUUAGAAUUUAUUGCUAUACUUUGUUCGGAUCGUGUUGCCUUUCUUUAAAAAAAAUAUGAUUAGUAUUGACUCA